AUGGCCUCAGACUACUCACCCCCGCCGGAGCCGCGCCCGCAGCCUCACCCAUACCUACACGAGCCAUUGCUCUACAUAUCCAACCUGCCGCCAUUCGUGCGCGACGAGGAGCUUGCCAUCGCCUUCCAAUCGUGUGCACCCUUCCGCCUCAACAUCCCGCGUCCGCCCCCGACCGGACCCGCCCCACUCUCGGGCACGAUUGAGUUCAAGUACCUCGAGAAGGCUGAGAAGGCGCUUGCAACGCUGCAAGGUCGUCCGGUCCCUGGCGUUCAGCAGACCGUGCUCCUCACCCUUUCCCCGUACCCAUCAACGACCCCUCCUACUCCACUACCUCCCCCCAAUGCCUCGCCACGAGUUGUCAAGCAGCUCCCUCCAGGAUUCACGGACUCGCAACUAUACGAUAUUUUCCGGCCCUUUGGUGCCCUGGCUUCCGUCCGCGCUCAAGCCCAGUUCGGCAAGGACAGUGGGAUGAUCGAGUUCUGGAGGGAAGAGGACGCGCACGAAGCCGAAGAGGAUAUGCACUGCACGGAAGUCGACGGACACAACAUCGUGGUUCAGGCCUACCAGCCCCGACGCGCCGGACCAGCAGCGAGCGAGUUCAGCCCUACGGCGCAGCCUUUUGUCCCCACCGGCUCGAUGUUCCCAUACCCUCAACAGUACUCUCCCCCUCGGCAAGCCCCUUACCCCGGACGUCAGCAAUCUGUUUUCGUCCACGGUCCUGGACAACAGGUCCAACUUGCGCCGGUGACCGGUCCUGGCUCAACCAGCCAUAGCGGACUGAUCGAUCCUUGCAACUUGUUCAUCAAAAACCUCGACACCUCCAUCGAUUCAAAUGUGCUGUUCUCACAUUUCCGCCAGUUCGGCCAAAUCGUCAGUGCUCGUGUGAUGCGCAACGAGGCUGGCGAGAGUCGAGGUUUUGGAUUUGUCUCGUACCAGGCGCCUGAUCAAGCUGCCGCCGCUAUGAACACGAUGAACGGACAGCAGCUGGGCAACAAGCAGCUUACGGUCCGUCUUCACGAGCCCAAACAGCUCCGUCAGGAGAAGCUUGCGCACCGGUUCGGUGGGAGCGGCGGGCACCCUCGCAGCAGUAGCGGAGCAACGAGCCCAACGGCGAGUGAAGCAGGCGAAAGCUAUGCGGGUUGGCCGAGUCCCAGCAGUCAUCCUGCCGUCCUCGGUUCUCCUACACUCAGCCACCACGAAAGGCAAGAUCGGGGUCGUCGCAGCUCGGGCAGCUUCUUCCAUGCUGCACUCAGUGGGACGCUCAACCUGCCGAUGCGUUACGACGAUCUUUCGGCUUUAUCGCCCGUUGUGCGCAAAGAAGUGCUCACUGGAGAGCUCAGUCGACGACUCAAGGGUCAGGAUGGCCUGGCUGGAUAUGAGCUCGAGACGGUCGUUCAGUCGAUCGUUGCACUAUCGCUCAGCGAGGUCGUCCAAGGUCUGCAAGAUCCUGCCAGACUCGCCGAUAUUGUCGACAAUGCAAGAAAGGCGAACGGGUUGGCCAAGUCUUCGAAAUCGCCCUCACCGUCUCCUGCCGCCUCGCAAGAUUCCCGACUCCUUGAACCCAACGCUACCGCGUCCGCCCCCGACCACCCCUCCACCCCACUCUCCAUGCCGGCCACGCUAUCAACACCACCACGGACCGAGUCGCCGUCAGGCUCCGUUGCCGCCCCUCAAUCCGAGCGGGACCGCAUGUUCGCCGCUGUCUCGCGACUUGAGCCGCAGCAAGUCUCCGACCUCACCGACCUACUCAUGUCGCUCCCCAAGCGCGAGCGCGCCAUGUGCUUGUUCAAUGUGGAGGUGCUUCGCGCCAAGAUCGCAGACGCAAAGCUCGUACUGGAGGUCGACGAGACAGAGGAACAGACGCCCGCAGUCUCUACCAUACCAGUGCCGCAGACACCUCAGCAGCGCAAGACGAACGCACCUUCGCUCGCAGAGUCGCCGCACACCCCUGCGCUCUCCAGCCGCGGCCCGAGCGCAGCCGCAAGCCCUACUCCCGCGACCCCAGCGCAGCAGCAGGUGUACACACUCGCCUCGCUCGCGCGCUUGCCGGCAGCGAAGAUCCUGGAGCUCGUCAACUCGAACCAGGUCACGGGGUUGCCGCUGCCGAAACCAGACGCGAUGGUGGUGAAGGCAACAGACGAGUUCAUCGAUUCUCUUCUCGACAAGCCUGUAAACCAGCAGAAACAGCAGCUGGGCGACAAGCUCUGGCGAGUCGUGAAGGCAUUCGGGAUCAAAGGUGCCCCAAAGAUCACGAUCGCUCUACUGGACCAGGACGACCUUCGCCCGCUAGCACAUUUGAUGAACAGCUACCCGUCGGUACUCAAGGAGAAGGCGCUCCUCGUUCAAGCUGCCCAGAGCAAGUGA